AUGGAGUGUAACGUGAACCCCCCGGCAAGAAAUGUGUGUGAGUAUCAUGAUCCGUAUACAGGAGAAUCGUGGUUCUGCAAUCACCCUGAGCAAGUUCCCUGCAGCGCUUACAAGGGCCACGCCGCAGGAGGAAGCCGGGAGAUUCUCACUCCAGAAGAAGCAAGGUUCCUAGACAAGUCUGUGAAGGAGAAACUCAUUUCAUCCAAAGUUGAACCAUUUGUCGUCUUAUCUCCAGCAAUCAGUGUAGAUUCUAGGCCCCAGUGUACUCCUGGCCUUCCCAAUCCAGAACCAUCAGGGUUCUACUACCAAGACAUCUGGUAUUCGCGUGUGUGCAAGAACAGGGCUUUCCCUCAUCCGGCCAAUGUUACCGAGUGUCUGACAGGAAAGAUCAUGUAUAUAUUUGGGGACUCGACAACUAAACAGUGGUGGGAAACUCUGUUGCGUUUUGUACCAUCUCUACAGCGACAAGACCUCCAUGCACAGUUCCCGGCCCCCCAACUGGCCGUAGACAUGAGCAACAAGUUUGCGAUUCAGUGGCAGAUGCACGAGAAGCCUCUGUACAUAAUGUAUAGCGACAAACAAAAUGUCCAUUAUGUUGCCAGCGAGCUGGAGAGGAUCGGGGGCAACAAAGAGGGGCUGCUGGUUGUUAUAAACUGCAUGGCCCAUUUUGUAACUUACCCUGUGAAGGUUUAUGCCCGACGGCUCCGGGGCAUCCGUGAUUCUGUAGUGCGGCUAAUGAAGCGCAACCCACUAGCCAAGGUCUUCAUCAAGUCUGGAAACACUGGCUACGUGUACAUCCAUGGCAGUGAUUGGCUGUCCCUUCAGCUGGACCUGAUAAUGAGGGCCAUGUUCUCUGGGCUGCCUGUUACUAUACUGGACGCUUGGCAGAUGACCUCCUGCCAUUACCUACCCCGAGACAUCCAUCCUGGCCCAGUUAUUGUCAAGAACCAGAUUGACUUAUUGUUGUCUUUCGUCUGCCCAAUGUGAGACACAUUAGUGACUGGUGGCAAAUUGAUAAAAAAAAGGACCACAAAUCCACCAAAUAAAACUUAAUUUCAACAUUCAGGGUCAUAACAACUAGAGCCCUCCCUACAUUUCAGCUCUGAUUCUAUUGUACCCUCCUUCCUGCCCCAUGCCCUCUUUCUCUGACAUCCCAUCUCUUCUUCUUCCAUCGCUUCUCCCCAUUCCCAACUGUGAGACUUCUCCUGAGCUUCUUCCCUUCACUGACCUUUCUGUCCUGGCCUAUCUGAGUCUCCAUCUCUUCAAAUGCCCCUACAGAACCUCCUUUUGGAACACACUGAAUUUUCAACACUGAAUUCAACAAGUCAUUGUGUCAAUCACUCCCCAUGCCUUUAGAUUGUAAGCUCUUUUGAGCAGGGCCUUCUAAAUUCUGCUGUUGUAUUCAUUAACCCCUUGUGUGAUUAUGGACUGUACAACCCAUGUCUGUUAUAACAUUACUGUACACAGCUGUGCGCUCUAAAGUAUAUGAUGAUGCAAAGGAAAGAGGAAAAAAUAAAAGGUUAUGAAAGGUCACUAAUAAACCAUUUAUGUGGCAAAAUACAUAUUUGUGA